AUGGCUUCCAAUAAGAAACGCAACUAUGAUGACAACUACCUGGAUUUUGGAUUUACAAGCAUCACUGAUAAAGGUGUAGUGAAGCCUCAGUGUGUGAUUUGUCACAAAAUACUCACAGCUGAAUCACUAAGGCCCAGUAAGCUUAGAUUACAUCUGGAAACCAAGCAUCCUCAACAUGUUGGCAAAGAAAUGAGCAUGAAGAGACAACGACUUGAUGCCAACAGUUCCUUUCAUCAACAAAAUGCUGCUGUAGUGGAGGCAUCAUUUCUUGUAUCCCUUAAAAUAGCAAAGAAGAAACCACACACAAUUGGGGAGGAAUUAAUUUUGCCAUGUGCCAAGACAAUGAACAUACUGGAAGCUGGUCCGUUCAUCUUGUGGGAGUGUCUUGUCUUCUCAGAGGUCGCGGAGCAUGGAGAGAGGACCACGAACGCUGCGUCCAUAGAGUAG